AUGGGACGUGAUGGGCAUGUUCUGGCCCUUGAGCCAGUGGUGAAGCAGGAAGGCAGAGAAUCUCGCGAGGCCGUGCAAGAACUGGGUUCGCAUCAGCUGGCCUUGUCACCUUCGCUUCAGUUAGAUCGCGUGCAGGUCUUCCAAGAGUUGGGCUCUCUGCAUGAUGCGCUCGAGAGGCCGAGGCCGGCUGCCUACGAGGACAGCUUGUGGCGCGACAACCGCCGACUGCGCGGUGAGGUCCAGGCCUGGAAAGAUGAAGCUGCGGCUCGCCAUCGAGAAACGGCGGAGCUUCGCCUGGAGGUGGCACAGCUUCAAGCUGAAUUGCAGGCCGAACGAUCAAGGUCGCAGGAGCUCUUGGUUCAACUGGAGGUCCUUGUUGGUCGGCGAGACUUGGCCAUCGAGGGAUGCCCUUCGUCAUCAUCGAGUCGUUUUCGAGCUGAAGGUCUGGUAGACUGGCGUGCCAAGCGGCCCUUUGGCUCGGCAUGGGAGACUACGUCAGCUGCUCUUGCGGAUUGCGAGGCAAAGCCCAGCGACGCGUCCAACACACACGGUCGUGUCUCCAUGGGUCUGGCGGCCAUGGCUGCACGUCAUGCCGGCGAAGUAGCCGAGCUGCAGUUGCAACACACAUCGGCGCUGCAGGAACUUCAAGGAAGAGCAGACGUUUCGCUCGGCCGAGCACGUCUGGCAGAGGUUCGGUGCGCAAGUUUGGAAGAGAAACAGGUGCGCUGUUUCGCCAUGAUGGCGCACCAGCUGGAGGUUCAGACUUGUGCGGAUGCUUUCGUUGCCUGGAAGAACGCAUGCCGGUCAGCGAGGACCCUUCGACAAACAAAGGUGUGCAUGGCAUCCGUCCUGCUACGCGCCUUCGAGCAGCGCGAGUCGUUUCCUGGCAUGGUCCUUCACAGCUGGGCGGCUGUUUGCCUCGCCGAGCGUGCGCAGCGGAGGCGAAACGAGAUGGAGGCGGAGCUUUCGAUUCGUGAGUCUGUGCAUCAGUCACGACUGUCCUGGCUAAUGUCUUGCCGCACAUCAUCCGAGCUGCAGGCUGGUGCCAAAGUGCUCUUUCUCUCUUGGAGAUGUGUGGCAUUGUCCGCUGGCUCCAGCGGCUUGCAUGUGCGACUACGCCUUGAAGAGGCUCGUCGAAUUUCUGCGCAACGAUAUCUGUUGCAGCAAAGGGAACGCCAUGGCUCCCAGUUCACCGUGCAAGAUGUUCUUGGGGCUUGGUCGCAGGAGGUGCUGGUCAGACGCCAUCACAAGGUGUUGCAGCAAUCCAACUUGGCUCGGGUGCAGCAUGCUCAAGUGUCCAAGUCUCUCUCCUUGAAAUGGCUCGCUUUGCUUCAAAGCUCAAAGGAGGAUGCCCUGCUGUCUCGCGCCUUCUUGGCAAUGCACCUGGAGACGCGAGAACGCGUCCAGGAGGCCCGCUCAAGGGCCUUGAGUGCACAGCAAACAUCCGAAUUGGUUUCGUGUGCAAACAGCAGAGCCAUCCAGGCUGUCUUACUGGCGAUGGACAGAAGCGGGCUUUCGCUCCAAAAAAGUGCCUUCUCAGAGUGGCGCGCCACAGUCCAUGCUGGCAAGACAACCCGAAGUCUUGAGAUGCAUCAGCGGACGGCCGCAGUGCUGCAGCGCCGCUUCGAGUGUAUUGUGACUGGGCUCUCAAGCCGUUCUGUGGCGCUGAGAAAGCUGAGUCAAGCCUUGUUAGCUUGGGCUCGUGCUGCACGCCAGCGUGCCUUGGACAACUUGCGAGUUGACGAGAGGGCACAGUUCUGUGCCUGGCGUCUGCGCUUCAUUGAGUCGUCGAUAUGCUGGCAGGGCAAGGAUUUCGAUGCCCUCCUCGUGUUCCACACGUGGCAGGCUUGGAUCCAGUUUUGCCAGCUGACAGCCAGGGAUCACGCGUCUGCGAAGUUUCUUGGGCAUGUGCAUCAGCUGCAAUCGCAGUGGUCAAACAUGCAGAUCCUCACGAUCGGCGCAUCUUUGCAGGUGCAACUCUCAUUUCUGAUGAGGGCUUGCUUUGCAGCCUGGCGCCGCGCGCGCCGCCUGGCAAGAGCUUCUGGAGAUCAACAGGAGUGCCAGCGGCUUCAGAUCCGGCUUGCGCAAGCAUGCUACUCCAGAGAUUGCCUACUGCAAAGUGUCGCCGGAAAGGUGCAGGAACAGGCUGUGGGCUUCUGGCUUCGACUAGCUUGGGUGCUGUGGUGUCGGCUGCGAUUGGAAAGGAUGAUUCUGGAGGAAUCUGAUGCUGCCCGUGCACUUCUUGAGCAGUUGCAGGAGCGCUGGGCCCAACAUCAGAUGCUACAACAUGCGCAGGAGCAAGCGGAUCACCAAGCUUGCCAUCGUUUGGAGCACAUGCUGGAAGUGAGCCAAGACAGUCUCCGACAAGCCGCCAACGUGUCGCCCGCAGGUAUGAUUGCUGAGAGCGGCAUGGUGACCGGGCUCACUCAACGGCUGCCUCCUCCAUGUCUAUGUCAUGGGUCGCUGGUGUAA